CGGGGGCUGAGCUGACCGGAAUAUUCAUUCCCCCGCCUCGCAGACUCGCUCUGCUCCUCGGAAUGUGUGCUGAAUAUUUCCUGUCAGGCAGAGCGGUACAGUGAGACACUCGGGGAUUGACUGUGUUAUGUGUGCUGCGUGCGUGCGGGAGAAAGACUCAAAAUCCAGUCUCUGUUGGAGGGAAGUUCUUUUCUAAGAGAUUCAACCUUUUCGGACUUCAGGGAGGAUCCGCGCGGAAGAUGGUUUCCCAGAACGGAGGAAGGCAGCAUGAAUAAGGCGGCUUCAGAAGAGCUCAGCUGAAGUUCAAUGGAAUAAUUAUUACCGAAGGAAAAAAAAGUCUGCAGAGGGAUCUGUGGCAUUGCUGGGGGAGAUGUCUUCAAGUCUAACUUGUGUCGGGAUGCUGUGGGCUACGCUGUCUCUGCUGUGUGCUGCAGCCUCCUGCACCGGCUUCUUUAUGCCCUACUGGCUGCUGGGCUCCCAACUCGACAAGCCGGUCAGUUUCGGCGUGUUCCGCCGCUGCACCUACCCGGUGCGCCAGGAGGGUCAGCUGCAGUCGGUGGUCAUGGUGGAGCAGUGCGGCAGAUACGCCUCUUUCCUGGGCAUCCCCAGCCUGGCCUGGAAGAUCUGUUCGGUGGUGACCGGGGUGGGAUGCGGUCUCCUCCUGCUGGUGGCGCUCACCGCGCUCAUGGGCUGCUGUGUUUCCGAGCUCAUCUCCAGGACAGUGGGCAGGGUGGCUGGAGGCAUUCAGUUCGUGGGAGGUCUACUGAUUGGCUCUGGUUGUGCCCUGUAUCCCCUGGGCUGGAACAGUGAAGAAGUGCAGCAGACCUGUAACAAUCUCUCAGACCAGUUUGAGCUAGGUACGUGUCAGCUGGGAUGGGCUUAUUACUGUACUGGAGGAGGGGCAGCAGCUGCAAUGCUUCUCUGCACUUGGCUGGCUUGCUUUGCUGGCAAAAAACAGAAACAGUAUCCGUACUGAAACCCCAGAUAAGGACAAAGAAACCGCUCUGAGCAAGAGGGCUGUGGAGGAGGAAAACUGCAGGCAGAACACUUUUUAUGGAACCUUUCCAAUGUUUCUGUUCAGUUUCACGGAUUGCUCCAAAUGAGAUUGAAAAUCCAAAAUGAGAAGAUUGCAAACUGAAAGUCAAUCUGAACAAAAGACUCAAGUUCUGUGUUACAUGAACUUUUUUCUUUCCUUUUUAAGCGUUUGUUUCUAGGAUAUAUAGUGUCAAGGCCUUCCAAAUCAUUCAUUGUGGUGGUCAAGUUCUCUUUGUUCAGACUGAAAUCCCUAAAGUUAAAGCAAAGGUUGAUCACAGGUAUUAAUGAUGCCUCAGAAUGAAUGGAGACUCUUGAAGAUGUUCCUGCUUGUGUGGCUGCAGGCAUGUUUUCACUGACGGUGAACUUCUUAGAAUGGCUCCACAGGAAAGAGGAACUGAUUACGAACCAGCUGGUCACUUGUUUUCCUGGGACCUGUGACUCUUGGGGCACCACUCAAACUCAUGUGUAAAGAAGUCAUGCCUUCUAUUUGCUUUCGAGCUGCUUGAAAGUUUGAACAUGCUCUGCUCAGGGGAUUCAGUCUCUGAGUUGGCAGAAAUAGUCCCAUAUUUUGUUUUCUAACAAAAGAUUUAUGGUGAGCUUAUUAUUCUAAUCUGUACAUUAUCAAAUAAUUUGAAAGAAUGAGACUCCCUUUCACUCUUUUUCACCUUUUUAAGUAAGGUUUUCAAUGGACCAAUUUACUAGUAAGACCCUUUU